AUGACGACCAACAAUCAACGAAUUCGCCGUCAAUAUCAUUCCAGGCUAUUCGCUGAUGCUAUGGAUGUCAUAUUAGACAUUGUUCAGAAUGAGGAUUUCCACUUAAUCUCUCAAGUUGCUGUUGCAAACAAUGCAAUAGCAAUUGAUAAUGAAGUUGGUGCAAAUGAUGUGUUAGAAGAAGAUGAAAUUGGAGAAAAAGAUGAUGAAGAAUCUUUUGAAGCUCCUUCAACUUUUACUACUAUGGAGGAAACAAAUAUGACUACGGAUGGCAAUUGGAUUGUGUCACAAUCAGCGAGCAAGAAUGAUUUUACACAAGAGUUGGGAAAAGAUUCUUUCAAGGAUAAAGAAGAACUUAUUAGAGCUAUCAAGCUUUAUAGUAUUAGGACACAUAAACAGUUUGAGGUUGUUGAGACACGUCCAACUCUAUGGACCAUAAGAUGCAAGUUACAUUUACAAUCCAGUUGCAAAUGGCAAGUUCGUGCAAUCAAACGAAAACAAAGUGAAUAUUUUGAAAUUACAAAGUAUACCGGUCCACAUACUUGUUUACAUGAUAAUAUUUCUCAAGACCAUCCAAAUCUAGAUGGAAACUUGAUAGCCCAGGAAACCAAACAUCUUAUUAAAGAGCAACCUUCAAUUAGUAUUCCUACUUUGAGAGCCGAAAUAGUCGAUAAAUUAGGUUAUAUUCCUUCAUACAAAAAGGUUUGGACCGGAAAACAGAAGGCAAUUGAACAAGUGUUUGUUCAAAAGUUCAAUCCGGGGACUAUAGUCGAGUGGUUAGUUUUGAGCUCAACUGAUGAAGAACCCAUGGAAUUUAGACGUGUUUUUUGGGAUUUUUCCCCUUCUAUUAGGGGGUUUGUACAUUGCCGACCGGUUAUUAGCAUUGAUGGAACACAUUUGUAUGGUAAAUACAAGGGAAUGAUGAUGAUUGCAAUGGGAGUUGAUGGUAAUAAUCAAAUUUUGCCACUAGCAUUUGCAAUUGUAGAAAACGAAUCAUAUGAUAGUUGGAAUUGGUUUCUUUCUUAUAUCAAGAUUCAUGUGGUAAAAGAACGUGAAUGUAUUUGUUUAAUUUCUGAUCCUCAUCUUGGAAUCCUAAAGGCAGUCAAUCAACAUGGAUCGUCAUGGUAUUGUUUACGUCAUUUUAUCAACAACUUUUAUGAGAAGUUUCGUAAUUUAGAAUUGAAAGCUCUAGCUUAUCGUGCCGGGAGUCAAAAUCAAAUUCGAAAAUUCAACUCAACCAUGGAAGAAAUUGGGAAGCUAAAUCCACAAGCUAGACAAUGGCUAGAGAUUCAUCCACUUGAUAGAUGA